AUGAUUACCACAACCGCUAUCGUUGCUCGUGAGCCCGAAGAGCCACUGAGCAUAAACUGGACGAUGGAGGAGGUCGAGGUAUAUACGCCUGGUGAGGGAGAAAUACUUGUGGAAAUGCGCGCGACAGGCAUUUGUCAUACGGAUAUAGUUCUAUCAUCUGUACCAGCUGGGACAAGUGGAAUCCAGUAUCCAAAGAUACUGGGACAUGAAGGGGCCGGUAUCGUACGCGCACUAGGUCAGAAUGUGAAGUCCGUUGAGGUUGGAGAUCCAGUUCUACUCUCUUACUACUCCUGUUCAUCCUGUGCAUCGUGUCAGAGCGCGCAUCCUGCAUAUUGCGAGGCGUUCGCCGGGGAGAAUUACGUUGGACGGCAGGGAGGAAUGAAAAUCAGUAAGAAUGGGGAAGAGCCCUGGUCCAAAUACUUUGGCCAGUCUAGCUUUGCCCGGCACAGUCUGGCGAGCGAAAUCAGCGUUGUCAACGUUAAAGAUAUGAUUAAGAGUGAAGACGAGCUCAAGCUCUUUGCGCCACUGGGAUGUGGAUUCCAAACUGGAAUGGGCGCCAUCUUGAACUCGUCUAAUGCUGGCCCGGAUGAUGUUGUCAUGAUCUUGGGGCUGGGUGCUGUUGGGAUGGGAGCGCUUAUGACAGCCAAAAUCCGUGAAUGCAAAGCUAUAAUUGUUGUCGAUAAGGUUGAGGCGCGCCUGGAACACGCCAAACGACUAGGGGCAUCACAUACCAUCAACACAGGAACCCCUGAUAAACCAAACUUAAAGGAUGCCGUUCGUCAACUAUUUCCCUCAGGGGCGUCAGUAGUCAUCGAUACCACAGGUGUUCCCACUCUGAUUGAACAAAGCCUCCAGGCUACACAGAAAAGAGGCAAACUGGUGCUUAUUGGGGUUCCUCCCUUAGGGUAUGAGCUGAAUGUCGAUGUCGUACAGCAUAUAAAUGUUUGA